AUGGAUCCCAUCUCCUUCAACGAGACAUUCGUCAAGGAUAUCUUUGAUGAAAUCGAUGGCAUUAACGGUAAACGUAAAGGUGUUGUUCAUGAUCGUGAAUAUGCAAAUGCAACUAAUGAUGAUACAACACAAGAUGAAACUAAUGAUGAUGGGUGCAUUCGUCAAAAUGAAACAAUACCUGAGCGUAGUGAAUCGAUUACGGACGGAGUUUCUGCAGAGCUUGACGAUGAUGAUGUUGCGUCCUUGAGUAAUGAAAAUGAAGGUGGUCGUACAAUCCGAAAUUCAAAUAUCAAGCGUUCAGRUUGUGGAGCAUGUUUAAAAAUUCACCUUGUUAAAGAACCGAACCAAUACGAAKUUUACAAGUUCGUUGAGCAGCACAAUCACAUCCUUUUUAAUAAAGAGRAGAUGAGGUUUUCCCGUUCCAAAAGGCAACUCCACUACGCUGAUCAUAAGAAUGUAUUUCAUGGUUCUAGUUCCAAGGUUGGUGUCACGAAAUCUCAUAGAUUCAUGAAAGCCGUUAAGGGUGGUGUAGAUUCAUCGGGUGGCACAGUAAGAGAUCAUCAAAACUUCAAACGCGAUAUGACAUAUUUUGUUGGUAAUAAAGACGCACAAAUGUUAUUAAAUAUGAUGGCUAAUAGGAGGAAGGUUUGUCCUGAGUUUUUUUUCGAGUACAAGUGUGAUGACAAGGAGUUGUUAGCAAUUUUUUGGGCUGAUGAGACUGCACGAUCAAAUUAUAGGGAAUUUGGCGAUGCAAUAUCAUUUGAUGCAACGUUUAGGACUAAAAAGCAUGCUAUGAUAUUUGUUCCAUUCGUUGCAAUUGAUAAUCAUAAGAAAUCCGUUGUUGUUGGAGCUGCAUUGAUUCAUAAUGAAUCUGUAGKUGAUUACACAUGGGUAUUAAAAGCGUUUGUAAAAGCACAUGGACGUCAACCACGUUUCGUUAUCACCGACCAAUGUGCGUCGAUGAAACAAGCAAUUCCCAUUGCAUUUCCGGAAUCCAGGCAUCGAUUGUGUAUGUGGCAUAUCACUAAAAAGGUGAAAUCGAAGAUUAGUAAUUACCUCCAACACCGCACGCAGUUCGUUAGCGAAUUUAAUAAGUUGGUGUGGAACGUUCAUCUUGGUCCUAAUGAAUUUGAGAUGCAAUGGAACAAUCUGAUCGAUUUUUAUGGAUUACGUGAAGAUCCAUGGUUUGAUGAAUUGUACAAUAUUAGGGAGUCGUGGAUUCCGRCUUACUAUAAGGAUUAUCAUAUGUCAGGCCUGAUGAAAACAACAUCCAGGUCGGAGAGCAUCAAUGCGUUCUUUAACGUUUAUGCACAUUAUUGGCAUGAUCUUGUUGUUUUCCUCCGUUCGUUUGAUAAUGCAAUUGAAAGUCAACGGGCAACACAUGGGUCGCUAGAGGUUACAACCAAGAGCACGAUUCCUCGAUUGGUGUCCCCUUGCAAGUUAGAAGCUCAUGCAUCAGAGUUGUAUACACGGACGAUAUUUUUCGAAAUUCAGAAAGAGUUAAGAAAGGCUGUUUGGCUUUGUGGAUGGGAUGGAUUCACCAACGUUGGUGAAACCAAAGUGUACACCAUUACUCACAAGAACAAGGCUUCGAAGGUCACAACAAAGUACACGAGACGCGAUCUAGUUCCCGUGGAGUGGUUACCAGCACGUUUCAGAUAUGGUGAAGUUGAUGCAGAGAAAGAGAGAUUGAUGAGUUUGGCUUAUUCAUAUUUUGAACGAAUCUUAGGCCGAGUCCGAAAUGAAAAAGAUAUUUUGUCAAGUUUUGUUGACCAACUUGAACAAUGGGAUUCAAAGGUUGACAUUGAACUUCCUUUACAGUCACACAAUGAAGAGACCACAACGUCUAUUAAAGAGUUUCUUGGAGUAUCUCAACCCGAAACUGUUCAUGUUCUUCUUCCUACCGGUAUUCGAAACAAAGGUUGUGGAACUGGUAAGAGACUUAUUAGCGCUGCAGAGAAAGCAAUUUCAAACGGAAAAAAGCAGAAGAGAAAGUGUCGACUAUGUGGUCAGAUGGCUACACAUGAUUCUCGGAAUUGUCCGAAGCGUGAUUAUAUUUAA